AUGAUGCCCCGUUACUCUCCUAGCGGCACUGCCAUCGAGCAUUCUUCGCCUAUCUCCCGCCGCCCUUCAUUAUGCUCGUCGGAUGGGAUUAGGAGGGACAGCUCGAUCGGCUUUGUGUCUGCUACGGAGAGCAGAGGGCAGUGGCCAUUAAUAGGCAGCGACACAAAAAGCCCACUUGCACAAUUUGGUUUCUUCAAGAACUUGACUGAGAUGAAGACGACACGAGAUGGACAAAUUCCUAAGAGGAGAGGUCCCAAGCCUGACAGCAAACCGGCUUUGACCCGCCGACAAGAGCUUAACAGACAGGCUCAAAGAACACAUCGUGAGAGGAAAGAGAUGUACAUCAAAGCUCUCGAGCAAGAAGUUCUACGCCUGAAAGAGACAUUUGGCACAACAAGUCGAGAGCGAGACCAAUUUGCCGAGGAGAAUCGUCGAUUGAAGGAGCUCCUCAUGGCUCAUGGUAUCGCCUUUGACAGCAUUGCAAGUCCUUCCAAUGGCCUAGUUUUGAAUGUUGGAAGCUCGACAUACAGCUCCAGUGGAAGUGUGUCUGGUUACGGGCCGGGGUCUGCAUCGACCGGAUACACCUCACCACCGAGCGUUCACCACCGAAACGGAUCGAUGUCGCACGACAUGAUGAUGCCGCAAUCGAUGCACGCGCAACCUAUGCAACCCAAUCAGCUAGUCAGCGGACUGGACUACGACCAGAUUGGUGUUGACUUCGUCUUAACUCUCGAGCGCCCUUGCAUGGACCACAUGCAAUUCCUCAUGGUACGUGCCCAUGAUGCGGAAGAAACAAUCAGCGGACACGCACUCAUGGCCACGGCGCCACCCGACUCGCACAUUGCGAACCAACCGGAGGAGAAGUACCCUCACCAGAUGCCGGAUGUCGCGAUGCCGGACUUGAUGAAGCUGCUCGACCUCAGCGCCAGGCUGCCCCUAGACGGCGAGAUCACGCCCAUUAUGGCGUGGGUCAUGAUCUUGAAGGAACAAAAUUUCAAGACGCUCACGAAGGAGGAGAUUGGCGCUAUCAAAGGAGAACUGCUCGCCAAAGUGCGCUGCUAUGGCUUUGGCGCAGUCCUCGAGGAGUUCGAAGUGCGCGAUGCGCUGAUGAACACCUUGGCCGGAAAGGGAAUCCAGAUGAUUGGCGCGUAG